CUCCUGGGUGUUUCAAGGGCAGCUCAAGAGAAAAUGUGUUGUAGUCAAGCAUUCGUGUGAAACCACGGCGAUUUUGUCCAAGGAAGAAAGGCCAAAUACCUCUUAGUUACGGCUACCCUCUUCACCAAGCAAUCCGACAGACGCGAGUCUGAGUAAAGUGGUCCCUUUGUAUUCAAAUGCACCGGCGUGGGAUUCCCUAGGGGGGCCGAGCGCCUAAGGCGUCAAGGCUGUCCUCGCGGGCACCAAGUACAGUCGGCAGCUUUCACUGCUCGCGCGCAACUCGCUGUGAUCACGGUGCCAGAAUCAUGACAUCGCCAGCCGCUGUCAGCUGGAGUUUCCUCGCACCUUCGCGCUUCGACGCCGCGCUCCUGUCGUUGCUGCCAUGGUUCAGCGUGCUGCUAUCGUGUGCCCUGCUCGCUAUGCACUGCCGCCGGUGGUUCUACACAUGGAGUACUCUGCGCCCUAUUCCUGGGCCCGGCACCGACUGGCUGCCGCCACUGUUCUUGCUCUCCGUGUACUGGCAGUACAGGAGGCACCUCUCCAACAGUGCCACCUCGGUGGUUUUCAGGGUUGUUAGAAAAGUAUCCAAGAUGUACGAAGGAAGGACUUUCAAGGUGUACAUAGGAACGAGCCCCACAGUUGUCCUGCAUACGCCUGAAGCAGCAGAGGUAUUACUUUCUUCAAAAGAAAAUACAGGAAAGCCAAACUCGUACGCAUUCCUGAAGUCAUGGUUGGGCCCAAAGAAUCUGCUGACAAGCAAGGGGGACCCGUGGAAAGCAAAGGCGAAACUCUUCAAGAACGCAUUCAACACUGAACAUCUCGAAAGCUGCAUGGCUGUGUUCAAUGACAGCGGAAAAAUUCUUGAGAAGCGCAUCGAGUCCAUCACAUCAGAGUCACCGGACAAACCAGUCGUCUGCUACACAAACAUACAGAGCUGCGUUCUCGACAUCAUAGGCCGUGCUUUGUUUGGAAUCCACUUAGGCUUGCAGAACGGAAAUAGGAAAGAGUACGCCCGCUGGUUUAACUACCUGACGUUCCUGUUGACGGUCCGAUACUUCCGACCUUGGCUGUGGAUACAGGCCCUGUACGACAGCACGAAGGAAGGGAAAAUUUGGAAGAGCACAGUCGACAAUAUCGGCAACCUGCACCUUUCUGUGAUAGAGCGAAGGAAAUCUGCAAUAUUAAGAAAGCUGGCAGAACAGAGCUACAAUGACGAACUUGACGACGAGUUGUCUUUCCCGGCAGCCGUGGACGCCGCAAUAAGGAAACAUAUUUCUGGACCAUCGUCGUACACCUUGGACGAACUGGAGAAAGACGCGACGUCGGUAACUUUUGCUGCUGCCGAUUCCACGUCAGCAGCGAUGAGCUGGACGCUGUACCUUCUUGGCUUGAACCCGGACAAGCAAGCCAAACUGCAGAAGGAGCUGGAUGACGCCUUAGGACGGGGCAUUGAAGCCGAUAUCACCACAAGCGACCUCAAGCAGCUUCCUUACCUCGAGUGCUGCAUCAAGGAGUCACUCCGUCUGUGUCCGCCGUUUCCUUUGAUCGGCCGGGAACUGGACGAGGAACUCGUUAUUGAUGGUUAUACCGUGCCGGCCGGAACGACGUGCAUGAUCAACAUUCACAGCCUGCACAGAAAUACGGAGCAAUUCGCGGACCCCGAGAACUACAUUCCCGAGCGAUUCCUGCCGGAAAACUGCAAGAAUAUGCACCCGUUCAGCUUCAUUCCUUUCUCGAGCGGCGUCAGAGUUUGCCUGGGGCAGAAAUUUGUGAUGGUGGAAGCGAAGGUCUUGUUGGCGAAGCUGCUCUCCAAAUACACGGUGGAGUCGACGCAGCCGCUCGAAGAAGUGAAACAAGCCUACGAGGUCGUCCUGAAGGCGAGGGGAGGACUGCGCGUCUGGUUCAGGAAACGCGGCGACCCUGUGUGAUCGCUGCCGCCACGCGGCGUCACAGUUCUGCUCAGCUACUACAGGGCGCGCGGGAGCAACAACCACCGAGCUUCAGUCCCAGUGCUGCACCACUCUGUUCUCUGUGGGGUUUAGAGAUACAAAUCAAGCGGCUCCUAAAGUGAGGUUCCAGUCAUGCAACUGGACAAGACCGCAGCUUCGAUAGUGAACUUUUAAGAGGGCGACUUCUGCAGCAUACAGCCACCGCAAAAACAGCAGACGCAGCACCUGUGCAACUUCUCGCAGGACAUAACCCUGUCAUAAAACUUUGACUGGGCAAAUCAUUAAUGCGUCACUUUGGAUUUGAUACGACGCACGCAAAAACCAGGACGGACAGCUAGAAAGGCAUACACCACCAGUGCCGAACUCACCAAUAGAGGGUUUGUUGAUGCAUAUACAGCUAUAUAUAAAUAAGCACAAAUAUGCACGUGAAAAUAGUUGCCGCAGACGGCAACACUUUCGCGAACACGAAGAUUGUAUUCAGGCGUAAAUAUCAGACCUCCCAAAAAUGGUCGAAGCAUACCACAUUUGCGAAGAAAAGAAAAACAUUGUUAACGAAGAGAGAGAUAAAAGCAAGGAAACCAAACUUCAACAGGUUUGUAAGACAAAGAAACGUUGUUUCUGUAGAACAUAUUUUCUUGACAUUAACUGAAUCAGAAGAGUGCGGAAACCCGUGUCUUGUGUAAAUUGGGGAUUGUUUAUUGAGUGCGCCAAAAUACCCUUCAGUUGCGGAUUUAGCGCUGGUGGUGGGUGACGUUCUAUCUAUCCGUCGCGAAUUUCUUUUUGCAAUGUUUUAUAUUCAAACUGAUAACCCUGUCACGCGUUUCAUAUUAAUGGGCACUUUGUGUCCAUUAAUAUGUAUUUCUCUAUAUAUUCUAUAGUCCAUAGUCGCCGGUGAAAUAAAUGUCGCAGCAGCAUCGCACUGAGUUGCCCCCGAGAUGAGUAAAUCAAUCCGCUCCACUGCAGCGGCUGUUCGUCCUCACUAACAAGCGAAAUAACUUCGCUGCGUCGAUAGCGCUCAAUGUUCAUCGAGAGCGUACCUGCGACACAGAUAUUACGCUGCAUGCUGCAAGAACUUAACUUCUUUAGUUUAUACUUCUGAAUUUACAUUUGAAGAUCACGGUGGUUUUUUUCUUUUUGAGCAUUCCGAAAUUUUUGUUAAACAGUUACUUCAAUCAAUUUUUUUGUAAAUAGCACUACAAGAUUCCCUAGAGCAUUUCAGGACGUGCGCCCUUAUCCUAAACGCUGUCGUCUAUGAGAGGGUCACCGAACUUGGACCGAACUACAGCCAUAGCUUCUUUCGUUUGUUCUUCUUUCUUUCUUUCUUUUUUUUGCUUUUUAGCAGAAGUGAAUAGUCCAGUGACCAGGUUACAACAAGGACAGUCCGACUGUACUGGUCGGUGCGCCUUCAGUCGUUGUUGUCACAUAAAUUUGUGAAGGCCAGGGAGAUUAUUCCUUUGGUGAUUAUACGCUGUAUAAUCAGGCUACCGAUAUCCGAUUAUCCGAAAAUCGUGCACCUUUCUUGCAUGUUCCAGGGUGUAUAUAGCUAUCUGAGUUAAUAAAUGCUGAAGUUUUCUCCGGAA